UUUAAACCAACCAACACAACCAUAGGGGCUAAGUAAACCUCACCAUUUUUAUUAUUUAAGUUAUACUUUCUUGCUACCACUAUACAUCACUAGAAAGGGAAAAAAGGAAAUUCACAAUGGAAGAUCAUCUUCAUGAAUUUUCCAUCUCUAGUUCUACUUCUACAACAACUUCUUCAUCAUUUACAAGUUGUUCUAAUAAUAAUUGCUUUAGUUCUCUUUCAACCACAACAUGUUCUACUUCUUCUACUUCAUCUAAUUGUUUCCUUGAGAGCAUUGUAAAAACCUCAUCAAAAGAUCACUACAAUUGCAAAUCCAAGAAAAGCUCAAAAAAAGUUGAAGAUUUCACAAAAAAUGUAAAUGAGGGGAAUAAUACGAAAAUUAGGCGAAAAAAAGAAGGUAUUGUUGAUGAAAAACAUCCAACUUAUAGAGGAGUUCGUAAGAGGAAUUGGGGAAAAUGGGUGUCCGAAAUUAGACAACCAAGGAAGAAAUCAAGAAUUUGGCUAGGGACUUAUCCCACCGCCGAAAUGGCAGCUCGAGCUCACGAUGUCGCGGCUUUAGCCAUCAAGGGAAACUCGGCUUACCUUAAUUUCCCUCAUUUAGCCGAUCAACUCCCCCGACCCGCCUCCACUUCCCCUAAGGACAUCCAAGCCGCAGCCGCCAAGGCUGCAGCCGCCAGCACAUUUCUCGAGGAAAAUUCCAUCGAGUCGAGCCUAUUAACCGAGCUGCACAGUUGUCAUUCGUCGACGAAUUUAGCCUCGGAGAACUCGCAAGAAUUACUGAAUUCUCCAUCGAUGGAUCACGAUGACACGUUUUUCGACCUACCGGAUCUUACCAUCGAUAGAGUGGAUCAAAACGACCGGUAUCAGUACCCGAUUACCACAUGGCAGCUUGCUGGAGCCGAUAGUGGUAUGUUUCGGCUUGAUGAGCCAUUUUUGUGGGAAUGCUAUUAGAGGAAAAUUAGGAUUGUGUACUGUUUAGACAUGUUUCCUUUUCUUUUCUUCUUUUACACUGACAAAAAGUCAUAAAACAUCCAUCAUGUGUGUAUUUCUCAACAUAUCAUAGUUGCAAACCCAGAAUGCGAGACCAUAUUCAUAACAUCAGAUAUUCUAUGUCACUGACUCGACUAAUUCAGAUGAUACAACUUUCACCGUAACGCGAUGGAGUAAAAAUGUAAAAGUAAUUGACAGUCUGUUGUUGAUUUUUA